GUGUGAGACGGACUAAAUAUACGAAGCAAAGGGAAGUGUCUGUGGGUAUUUACGAAGAGUCCAGCUGUUUCUUUGCAAAAUCUCGUUAAACUGGCACAAUGGCUCUUCCAGGUGUAAAUAAGGAUAACAUUCGAGCUGGAUGCAAAAGAUGUGGUUAUCCGGGCCACCUGACAUUUGAAUGUCGUAAUUUUGUGCGGGUGGAUCCAAGGAAGGACAUUGUGUUAGACGUGAGCAGCACAAGCAGUGAAGAGAGUGAAGAAGAGCAACAGGAAGCCUCCAGUAAGGGGAAGGUUUUCGGGAGCAGUCACUCCAAAGGUUCCGAUGACGAUUCAAGAAGAGGGAAACAUAGGAAAAGAAGUAAAGAUAGAUCCCACCGAAAGGCAAAAAAGAGGUCUUACUCAUCCAGUGAGGAGGAGGAGGAGGAGCAGGAGGAGGAAAGGAGCAGGAAAAAGAAGAAGCACAAGCGCCAUAAGAAAAAAGGCAAAAAGGAAAAGAGGGAGAAACAUGAACAGCAUAUGAAGAAACGCAAGAAGAAACACCCCCAGUCGUCCUCGUCGGACAGCUCCAGCGGAUCCUCAGACACAGACUAAAAAAUGAAAUAUUGAGUGCACGUUCAGGAAAGUAUCUCUUUUGUUCAGUACACAAUGGAAGUAUGCAAUGCAGCUUUUGAAUCGGUAUCUGUAAAAUUUCAGAGCCAUCUGUAAAUAGAAGUUACUGGGGUGUACUGUUUUUUGUUUUUUUGUUUUUGUUUUUUUCUUCCCUAGAAUGAUGAGAAAUGUUCUAGAAAAUGAACUUUUUAGUAUUUGUUUUGUAUUUGGUGGCUGAAAAAUAAUCUUUUUGGAGUGUUUUUCAUAGUGCAUACUGUAUGAUUUUGUACACAAGGUAAAAUAAACCCUUUACAUAGCUAUUACUGAAUUUA